AUGGCAGUCGGCACCAAGAACGUCCGGAUGGUGAAGACCCUGAUGCAGUAUUGGCGACGUGACCUCAACCAACGUCUUGAAGACGAGCUAGAUUUCCUGGACCAUCGUCGAGACAUGUUCAUUCAAGGAGUGGAUGUUCCUCAGACAACCGGCGGUGGCCGACCAGCCGGGAAGAUCACUAUCGACGACGUCGAUCGUUUCGAGAGGUGGCUUUUCGACGAAAGGCGGCGACUUGUGAGAGUAACAGAACUUCGAUGCGAGGAGUGCUGGAGAAAGUCAGUGACCUCCAGAGAUGAUAGGGGACGCACCCCUCUGCACUGGGCUGCUUCAGGUACCAGUAGCGAGGCAGCUUUACUCGUCCUGCCCGUACAUCUUGCCACAACUCUGUUUCUUGCUCAUGCUGUUUCGAUUCACUCCACGGCCACGAUUACAUUUCAAGGAUAA